CUGGUUUGGAUUAAUUAUACGGAUAUGUGAAUCUUGUGGCGGAGUGUAGAUAUGUGCACGCUAGAGAAGCGAGGCGGCGUUUUCAUCCUCACUCUUACCGGCGACGGAGAGCACAGGCUAAACCCUAGCUUAAUCGACUCUAUUAGAGCCGCUUUAGCUCGUGUCCGCUCCGAAUCUUCCGGUUCUUCUUCAGCCUUAAUCACAAAAGCCACCGGCAAAUUCUUCUCCAACGGUCUCGAUCUCGAUUGGGCCAGAAGAAACACAGAUCAUACAACCACUUUCGCCGAUCGCCUCCGUCAAAUCUCCAUCAAGUUCCGAUCUCUAGUCCGCGACCUGAUUUCCUUACCUCUUCCAACUAUCGCCGCCGUCACCGGCCACGCCGUUGCCGGAGGAUUGGUGUUGGUGCUCUGCCACGACUAUGUCCUGAUGCGGAAAGACCGAGGGUUACUCUAUAUGAGUGAACUCGAUAUAGGGUUUAAGGUCCCGGCUUGGUUAGGUGUAUUGAUGAAAUGCAAAUUAGGUUCGGGGAUAGGUCCUCGCGCGGUGGUGAUGAAGGCGGUUAAACUGACGGCGGUGGCUGCAGCCAAUAUGGGAAUCGUUGACUCGGUUCAUGGAAACGCGGAAGAGACGGUGGAUGCUGGUGUAGAGUUGGGGAAGGAAUUGGUAAGGAGAAGGUGGGACGGAGUUGUUUACGGUGAGAUUCGAUGCGUUUUGUUCGCCGAUCUGCUGUCCGCCAUUGAAAUCGAACUGUCAGCUGAAGAUGCGAUCACAGUGGUAUCCAAAUUAUGAACUUCAUUUUUAGGUUAAACAUAAAUUAGAAUGGAUAUUAUUCAUUUUUAAUAUUUAAUGUUGUAUUUUAAUUUAUUAUUUUAGUUAUUUUCUAUCGGAUUA